GCGUCGUUUUCGGAGCCGCGCAGUGAAGCAAAAACAAUGUUGAUCUACCUUUUCUUUGCCAUGGUGGCAGUUCAGUCAUCAAUGGCCGAUGAGCCGAUGGACUUGAAGCGAGUGCAAAGAGGGGCACUGUAUAUUCGGCUGCCUGCACCGUACUCGACCAACAUGUCGCAGUGUCAUGACACACAAACGGGGGAUUACUACAACGAGGGAGACUUCUGGUCAUCCAAGUACUCGGGAUGCAAGCUCAGCACCUGCGUCAACAUCAAUGGCGUUCUCAACGUCGAACGAUACUCAUGCCCAAUGGUUACGAAGAAUGUGGAUUACAACAUGAUGAGACAAGAGAACUACUUCUGCCACCACGCCUGGGGCAACCGGAACAAGGCGUUUCCCCUCUGCUGUCCCAGUCUUGCCUGCAGACACUAUGUGAAGGGGAGGAUGAUGCCGCUGCCCAAGCACAUGUAUCCCUACAAGAAGAUCGAAAGUUAAUUGACUUUAUUACGGAAAAUGAGCGCCUUCUUCGGUAAAACGUCUUUGCAAUAGUGUGUGAGAUUAUAUCGUGUUUUGCCAUGGUUGCUGAGUUUAGAAGAUGCUGUUUGCGUAUUCCUCGUUGCAGGUUGUUGUCCUAACAUGUAUGCAAUAUAUGUUUCAUGUGUAUCUCAACUUAGAUGAGAUAAAAGUGUAAUAAACUUGUGAGUCACAUCCCCACUCUGCGCUACCGGUGCAAAUGUUAAAAAAAAAAAAAAACGUUUGCUGCAGGAGCCCUCAAAUGAGCAUUUCAGCUGUUUUCAUGAUGUGUUCACCAGUGCAUGCAAUAGGUACGUGUAACCUGUCACUGAAAUCAAAAUACAAUUACCCGCUCAAUUUA